UGGAAUGAAGAAGACGGGCAUCCAGACCACGAGCUCGAGGCCAGACUCGAGUUCCAUUUCUGUGCCCGUCUUCUGAGGACUAAAUUGAAAAUAAUGCCAAGCCAGCGCCUCCUGCCACAGACUGCCCUGCCCGGGGCUUCCUGCUUUCGUUUCCGCGUGCUACUAGUCACAUCCCCAGAGCACAGCGAGGCUUUCUUGAGGAGCCUCCUCCGGGCUCUGUAGUUUGGGAGCAGGGUACUAAACCGCAUAAAGAUGAGUUGGAUACAUUGAAUUCACUUAAAUGUCAUAAUCUAGUAGGAGGGCAGUAUUUAAUUUCACAAUGUUUGGGGACCUAUUUGAAGAAGAUUACUCCAGUGUGUCAAAUAAUCAGAAUGGAAAAGGGAAGAAACUAAAACCUAAACCUUUGGAGCCUCCUGCUCCUAGAGAAUUCACCAAUUUAAGUGGAAUCAUUAAUCAGGGUGGAACGUGUUACCUCAAUUCCCUUCUGCAGACUCUUCAUUUCACACCUGAAUUCAGAGAAGCUUUAUUUUCUCUUGGUCCAGAAGAGCUUGGUUCUUUAGAGGACAAGGAUGAGCCUGGUGCAAAGGUUCGAAUCAUUCCUUUGCAGUUGCAACGCCUGUUUGCUCAGCUUCUGCUCUUAGACCAGGGAGCCGCAUCCACAGCCGACCUCACUGACAGCUUUGGGUGGACCAGCAACGAGGAAAUGAGACAACAUGAUGUGCAGGAACUGAAUCGAAUUCUCUUCAGUGCUUUGGAAACUUCGUUAUUUGGGACCUCCGGACAUGACCUCAUCAAUCGUCUGUACCAUGGGACAGUGGUUAACCAGAUUGUUUGUAAAGAAUGUAAAAACAUCAGUGAAAAACAGGAAGACUUCUUAGAUCUAACAGUAGCAGUCAAAAAUGUAUCUGGUUUGGAAGAUGCUCUCUGGAACAUGUAUGUAGAAGAAGAAGUUUUCGACGGUGACAACUUGUACCACUGUGGAACUUGUGACCAGCUGGUUAAAGCAACAAAGUCGGCCAAAUUGCGUAAACUGCCUCCCUUUCUAACGGUUUCAUUACUAAGAUUUAAUUUUGAUUUUGUAAAGUGUGAACGCUACAAGGAAACUAGCUGUUACACAUUCCCUCUCCGGAUCAACCUCAAGCCUUUUUGUGAACAGAGUAAAUUGAAUGACUUAGACUAUAUAUAUGACCUCUUCUCGGUCAUUAUACACAAGGGUGGCUGCUAUGGAGGACAUUAUCAUGUAUAUAUUAAAGAUGUUGAUCAUCUGGGAAACUGGCAGUUUCAAGAGCCAGAUAAUAAUCUGAAAGCUCUUCAGAAUGAAGAAGACAUUGACGAUCCAUUGACAGUUCUAAAAGCGGUCUUACUACAGGAGGAGAAUAAUCUAAUUCCUGUUGAUCAGCUAGGCCAGAAACUCUUAAAAAAUAUAGGAAUAUCUUGGAACAAGAAGUACAAAAAGCAGCAUGGACCACUGCGAAAGUUCUUACAGGUCCAUUCUCAGACAUUUCUACUCAGUUCAGAUGAAAGUACAGUUAGUCUACAGAAGAAGUUUUCUCCCCAGAACAAAUCUGAUUUCCAAAGUAAUGGACAGCAGAUUCUCCAGAUGCCAGCUUCAAAUCCCCCAACAUCAGAUGAUAACACCACCUGUCCCCACUGGUUUGAUAUAAAUGAUUCCAGAGUCCAGCCAAUCAAGGAAAAAGAUAUUGAACAGCAAUUCCAGGGUAAAGAAAGUGCCUACAUGUUGUUUUAUCGGAAAUCCCAGUUGCAAAGACCACGUGAAGCUCGAGCUAACCCAAAGUACAGGGUUCCUUGUCAUUUGCUGAAGGAAAUGGAUGCAGCCAACAUGGAACUACAGAAGAAAAGGACAGAAUGUGAUUUUGCAAAUAAUAAUAUUGAAUUACAUCUCCACUUGGGGCCUCAUUAUCAUUUCUUCAAUGGAGCUCUGCAUCCAGUCAGCUGUCAGACAGAAAGCAUGUGGGAUUUGACUUUCGAUAAAAGAAAAACUCUAGGAGAUCUCCAACAGUCAAUAUUUCAGCUGUUAGAAUUUUGGGAAGGAGACAUGGUUCUCAGUGUUGCAAAGCGUGUUCCAGCAGGACUUCAUGUUUACCAGGCACUUGAUGGAAAUGAACUGACAUUGUGUGAAGCUGGAAUUGCUGAUGGGGAAGACAUCUUUGUUUGGAAUGGAGUGGAGGUUGGUGGUGUCCAGAUUCCAACUGGUGCUGACUGUGAGCCCCUGCUCUUGCAUAUUCUUCAUCUGGAGGCAGGUGGUGAUAGCAGAAGGUGUGGGCAGCUGGUGGAGUCUCCACAUGUCUUUCCAGCCAAUGCAGAAGUGGGCACUGUGCUCACAGUAUUGGCCAUCCCAGAGGGUGUCAUCCUCACACACAGUGCCACGUCUGCAGGGGAAGAGAGCUGGACCCCUGUUCCCAAGGAAAACAUGCAGAGGACAUUCAGAGAGCAUGGUCUCGGAGACGGAAGUUCUGUUUUAGUUCAGGAUUCUUACAGUGAUGCUAACAGCCUGUUGUCCCGAGGGGAGAAAUGGAUCACUGUUAGGAAUGAGAUUGACUGGCUUGAAAUUAAAAAUUUAUGCCGGUUAGAAUCUGAAGAGAAGCAAGUUAGAAUACCAGCAGCUGUUAACACAGUGGUGUUUGAUAUUCGAAUUAAAGCCAUAGAGGAGUUAAAAUUAAUGAAGGAACUAGUUGAGAACAGCUGUUUGAGGCCUAUUGACAGAAAUGGGAAGCUUCUUUGUCCAGUGCCAGACAAUUUCACUUUGAAGGAAGCAGAAGUGAAGCUGGGAAGCUCCCUCGGAUUGUGUGUUGGGAAAGCACCGACUGCGGCUCAGCUGUUCCUGUUUUUUGCACUGGGGAGUGACAUUCAACCUGGGACAGAAAUGGAGGUCAUAGUAGAAGAAACGCUAUCUGUGAGAGAUUGUUUAAAGAUAAUGCUGGAGAAAUCUGGUCUGCUAGGAGAUGCAUGGCAUUUACGGAAGAUGGACUGGUGCUACGAAGCCGGGGAGCCUUUAUGUGAAGAGGAUGCAACACUGAAAGAGCUUAUGAUAUGUUCUGGAGAUACUUUGCUUUUAAUUGAAGGAAAACUUCCUCCUCCGGGUUUCCUGAAGGUGCCCAUCUGGUGGCACCAGCCGCAGGGUCUCUUGGGACACUGGGAGAAUGAAGACCAGCCCCACGGCAGCCCUGCUGAGGGGGACAGCUGGAGAGCAGCUUCCACGCAAGGUGUUCCUGGCCACGAGCCUGCGGAAGUCUCUCUCCUCUACUUGGGAGACAUAGACAUCUCAGAAGAUGCCACGUUGGUGGACCUCAAGUCUCAGGCCAGGGCCUUGCCACCUGCCUCAGAGCUGGCUGUCCCGGGCCCAGCCCUCCUCAGAGCCUGGACAGUGGAGGACAAGCGCCCUGGCAGACUCUUACGCGCCGAGCGGUGGCAGCUCAAGGAACAUAAGCUGGGACAGAGAGCCGGGAUCUGCCUGGAGCCCCUUCAGCGAGAAGAACACCUGGGCCCACAGGAUGUGCUGCUGAGGACCCAGAUGCGCAUCCCAGGGCAGAGGGCCUAUGGCCCUGCUGUGGAUUUGGUGUGGGACACCACCCGAGGCAGCACUGCUGGCGCCCUGCGGCAAAGAGUGGCUGAGUCCUAUGCUCUUCCUGUGGAGAAAAUUGAAAUUGCCAAGUACUUCCCAGAAAAGUUUGAGUGGCUUCCAAUCUCUAGCUGGAACCAGCAAAUUACCAAGAAGAAAAAGAAGAAAAGGCAAGAUAAUUUGCAGGGGGCGCCCUAUUACUUGAAAGAUGGAGACACGAUUGGUAUCAAGAAUCUCCUAGCUGACGAAGACGAGGAUUUUAGUACAAUCAGAGAUGACAUCGGAAAAGAAAAAUUGAAACAGCUGGCACUGGGGAAAAGGCACAGCCGAAAAGCCCUUGGAGCUCAGAACAGCGACAUCUUUUCCAGCGCUGGGACACCCACUCAGCCCCGAGGACCGGAGGCCUCUCUGUCCAUCCAUGUGGGUAGCUUCAGAUAACACAGGCCAGACCUCCAUGGCAUCGCCUCCAUGAUGUGACCGUGUGGUUUUGUGGCUGUAUAAGCUUGAACCCAGGCAAGCACACAGCAUGCUGGGCUCUGUGGCCCUCAGCACAGUGCCACUGAUGCCAGCCCCGCGACACCCUGCCCUGUGGCCUUCGUAUGCCAAGCUCAUUGCUGGGUGCCCGUGGGACACCAGUAGCGUAAAGCAACGCCCUCAUGCAGCCACUGUUGAGUGUGAGUGCGUGCGUGAUGCAGGUGCAGAGCCCUGAGGAACAGAAUCUGCCUCCCGGCAUCGUCCCUGCCAUCGCUUACAGCUGACUUUCCUCCAGGCUGAGCCAGAACUAUGAUGGCCACAGCGGGCUGAAUCAGAGCUCAGAGUGAUCUCACUGCCACCGCCUCUGUCAGGAAAGAGGCAGACAAGGUGUCACAGCCACGGCCAGUGUUAGGGAUUGGCUAAGCUGGAUUCCUGAGCAGCCUCAUUAAAGUAGAUGAGAAAAUAAAGGCUAACGUUUGGGGGGUUU